AUGACAGAUAUAUUUGAUAUGGAAGAUGAAGUUUCCACAUUAACUUCUCAAUUCCAUACGAAAAUCAUUAUUAGUCCUGCUGCUCCAUCCAUUCCCACAACAACAUCAACACAAGAAUUAAAUUAUAAAUUAAUUGAUGCAAUAGAUGAAGAAGAAAUAGAAGAACAAGAAGAAGAAAAUGAUGAAGAUUAUGAUUAUUUACCACAAGGCUAUCAACCACAAUUAUCUUCUAGACCAAUAAAAAUCAAUAACAACAACAACAACAAUAAUAAUAAUAAUAGACAACGAAGGAAAUCAUCAAUAGUUUCAUCAUAUGAAGUAAAUAUUACAAAUUCUUAUAUAUCUUCAUCAUUAAUAAUUGAUAGAUCUCCAGGAAUAGUUUCUAAUGGAGGGAAUAAUAACAACAACAUCAAGGUUAUUUCUCCACCAAGAUUAUCUGAUUUUGAACCAAUUAAAGUAUUAGGGAAAGGAUCAUAUGGUAAAGUGUUAUUAGUGAGACAAUUAUCUACUGGUAGAUUAUUUGCUCAAAAACAAUUGAAAAAGGCAUCAUUAAUAAUUAAUCAACUGCUGGAAGAAGAAGAAGAAGAAGAAGAAAAAAACUCAGAACAAAAGGAAGUUGGAAUUUUUGGAGUUAAGAUUCAUGAAAAAAAUUAUCAACGAACAUUAAAUGAAAAACAAAUAUUAGAAUUAGUUAAUCAUCCAAAUAUUGUUAAAUUAUUUUAUGCAUUUCAAGAUAAUAAUAAAUUAUAUUUAAUAUUAGAAUAUUUACAAGGUGGAGAAUUAUUUCAUCAUUUAGCUAUGGAAAAAUUUAUGAGUGAAAAAGAUUCAAGUUAUUAUAUUGCUCAAAUGUUAUUAGGUUUAAGAUAUCUUCAUUUAAAAUUAAAAGUAAUUUAUCGAGAUUUAAAACCAGAAAAUUGUUUAUUAAAUUCAUUUGGUAAUUUAGUAUUAACUGAUUUUGGAUUAAGUAAAAUAGCUACUGAUAAUGGUAAUACCAAAAAUCAUUCUAUAACUGGAACAGUACAAUAUAUGGCACCAGAAAUCUUACAAGGUGAUGCAUAUGAUUUUGCUGUUGAUUAUUGGUCAUUAGGUUGUGUUGCCUUUGAUCUUUUAACUGGUUCACCACCAUUUACUGGGAAUAAUCCUAAAAAAGUAUUGGAAAAAAUGAAAUCAAUUAAAAAAACUCUUAAAUUCCCAUUUUAUUUAAGUUUAGAUGCUAAAGAUUUUUUAAGAAAAUUAUUACAAGUAAACCCUGAUAAAAGAAUUAAUCUUGAUAAUGAAGAAAUUUUCCAAAAAUUUAAACAACAUAGAUUUUUCCGUUUUAUUGAUUGGAAUCGUUUAGAAAAUUUACCUCAUCAACAACAAGAACAAGUAAUAGAGGAAGAUGAAGAAGAUGAAGAUGAAAAAAAAGUAACAAUAAAACCUGGGAAAAAAGGUCAACAACAAAAAAUGAUUAUACCACCAAUUUUACCAGUUAUUACUGAUCCAAUAUUAGCAGAGAAUUUUGAUACUGAAUUCACAGAAAUGGAUUUCACUCCUCCUCCUCCUCUUCCUCCACCACCACCACCAUCAUCAUCAUCAUCAUCACAACUAAUACCUCAACAACAAAAAGGGUUAUCAUCCAACAAUACCACUUCUGAUAUUUUAAAUAUUCAAGGAUUCUCUUAUACAAAUCCUAAAUUUAUAGAUUAUUCAUUACAUAAUAAUAAAUAG